UAUGGAUUGGGCCCCUAAAGAAAUGGAAAAGAACAUUGAAUAACUGGAUAUGAACAGAACAUAGCCAUGAAGCUACCGAUAAUACAGAUGGACAAAUCUUCGCAGCCCUAACUCUGACGUCGUUGGGCCCAUCAGCAAAGGGAUUGGCAGCGCCUGUCGGUGGUCUGCACAACUAGAGCAGAAGGGAGAGACCAUUUCAAGCCACCAUGCCUCCAUCUCUGAGAGCGAGAGCGAGAGGGAGAGGGAGAGGGAGAGGGAGAGGGAAUCAGGAUCAGCGGGUCCACGCCAUAGCCGUUCAUUGCCUAACCAUGGCGGGUCCUGCAAACGCCGGUAUGAGCCCCUGGUACUCCUCUGGAUCUAGUAACGACGCUCCCUCCCCACUCCCAGCCCUUACCGAGGAGAAGCCGCGGAAGAGGAGAGCAUUUUGCCUGCCUCGGAUGAAGUCCAAGAACCACAACUGCAGCGGCAAGCAGCAACAGCAGCAGCUACCGCAGCAACCCGUGGCAAACAACAACAACAACAUGCCUUUCAUAAUCCACUGCCAGAUCGGGAAAGAGAUCAAGCACAUAUGCAGCAACUGCCGUAGCGCAGAGCCGCAGGACGUUGAGGAGGUGGAGCGACUAGCGGCGAUGCGAUCUGAUUCAUUGGUCCCUGGCACACACACCCCUCCCAUUCGGAGGCGGAGCAAGUUUGCCACCCUGGGGCGUCUCUUCAAGCCGUGGAAAUGGAGGAAGAAGAAGAGUGAGAAGUUCAAGCAGACAUCUUCUGUCCUGGAGAGGAAGAUGUCGACCCGGCAGAGCAGAGAGGAGCUGAUCAAGAGAGGAGUGAUGAAGGACAUCUAUGACAAAGAUGGGCUGGUAGUAAUGAAAGGCGAGGAGGAGAAGAUGGAGAACGUGAGGUCUCCAGAAUUAGGAGGGUCUGAUCCAUCACUGUGUGAGGGAGCUGAGCUGAUGGAUGGAGCAGGGUCAGCCAUAGGUACAGUUGAGUUCCAGAUGCCUGGAGAGGGGCCGUGUCCACAAGACCACACCCAGAAUCCCAGCCAGCCUCCACCCACUAAGAAGGUUAUGGUGUAUCCAGGCGAAGGGGCUGGGGCGGAGUCAUCCCAUCACAUCAUAAAAAAUAAAAAACAACCCCCAGUGCUACCCCCCAAACCGUUCAACUGGCUGCCCAACCACAUCACAGACGGUAUGCCAGUGAAGUUGCCCUGUAUGUCCAUGAAGUUGUCGCCUCCUCUACCUCCUAAGAAGCUGAUGAUCUGUGUGGGUGCGAGGGGGAGCAUGGAGCCCUCGGCCCUCACCUUUCAGAAGUGCAUCUCUCCCUCCCACCAUGUGGGGUCCCUUGGGGGCCACUCCCUACACUACGGGACCCUCCCUGUGCCCCUACACCCCCCCAGCCGCAUCAUAGAGGAACUCAACAAGACCCUGGCCCUCACUAUGCAGCGAUACAAGAGCUCGCUGCACCACGCGGUUCCCACAGUGAUGAUAGCAUGUGACUACAAUAAAGAGAACCUCCCCAACGAGGAAGACUAUCAAGAACUACCGGGUUCGUACAGGGACGAGGAUGAUGAAGAGGAUGAGGAGGAGGAAGAUGAUGAAGAUGAAACACUCUUUACAAGUACCCUGGCUCUGAAGGUAUUGAGGAAGGACUCCCUGGCCAUUAAGAUCAGUAACCGUCCGUCACAGAGAGAGCUGGAGGAGAAGAACAUACUGCCCACACAGUCAGACCAGGAGAAACUGGAGUUCAGGCAGCAGAUAGGCACUAAGCUCACACGGAGAUUGAGUCAACGGCCAACUACAGAAGAGCUGGAACAGAGAAACAUACUCAAACGGCACAAUGAGCUGGAGGAGCAGGAGGAGAUGAGAGAGCUCAAGAAACGCCUGUCGAGAAAGUUAAGUCAGAGGCCCACGGUGGAGGAAUUGAGGGAAGCUAAGAUCCUGACCCACUUCAGUGACUAUGUAGAGGUGGCUGAUGCUCAGGACUACGACAGGAGGGCAGACAAACCCUGGACACGACUCACAGCUGCUGAUAAGGCUGCCAUACGUAAAGAACUCAAUGAAUUUAAAAACACAGAAAUGGAAGUGCAUGAGGGUAGUCGCCAUCUCACCAGGUUUCAUCGACCAUAGUUCUUCUUCUGCCAUCUUUUACAAGAACCUCAAGUGCUGGACCGCAAACUACUGCCUCUGUGUACCACACCCCAUCGCUUCCAGACCAGAACACAACAAGACCAGAACUGGACCAGAACCACACUAGAACCAGAGUAGAACAUGUUCUGAAACUGACCCGAAAUGUAAUCUGAACCUGGAGGGGUGUGUGUACAGAACUGGGCAGCUGACACUACUCCAGGCUCCAGUGUUGCCCCAAAAUAGGCGCUAAUAACUGGAGAGGGCAGACUGGACCAAUCCCAACAGUAUCUUGGUCCUGUGGUUAUAGAGCGGUCACAGUGUGGUCGUGUUGGGGUUGCAGAGAGUGAGCGUCGUACACAUGGAGAGAGACUGAUGGAAAGCACUGGACGGACUGACUGACUGGGUCCUCCUCUAAAUGGAGAUUAUAUGGACUAAAAAGUAUUGUUUUUAGCAGCCUUUUAUUCUAAUUUUUUAUGAUGGAGAUAGUUAAUGUGUUUACUUUACUGCACUUUGGUUUUUGACGGUACUCUAUGGAGGGGUUAUGGAACUCUAUUCCUAUAUCUGUGCCAAUGAGACUUUGGGAUUGUGGGAGAUUGAGUUUGGGAGGGCACCCGUAAGGAAUACAGAGAGACAUCCUACAACUGAUUGGUAAAAAUUAUUCUCCUCCAAGGGUUGUUGUUCCUGCCUUUUAAUACUUUUUGGUACAUUGUUAGUUUGACUGUUUUCCAUUGUGGGCUGCUGUUUCCAAAACAGAGGGACCAAAUCCUUUUAAUCUGAUAGUACUGCAGAAUAGUAUUCUGUAAUAAGUGUGUUGCGGUUAAAGUACUACGUACAAUACCGUAUACGGUAUGUGCUACUCUGAAGGAAACUGUAGUAGGAGAAUAUGAUCAGAAUAUUUACCUCUAAAAAAGUUGAAAUGCAAAUAUAGAUAUAGAAAUGUGAACCUAGCAAUAAUUGAACUUCUCUUUCCUCCAUCUGUCUCUCUUUCUUGGCUGCAUUCAAGUGAACAAUUACUGGGAACAUUUCAGAGAUCUACCCGCUCAAUGGUGGUCCUCUGUAGCUCAAUUGGUAGAGCAUGGCACUUGUAACGCCAGGGUAGUGGGUUCGAUCUCCGGGACCACCCAUAUGUAAAAAUGUAUGCACACAUGACUGUAAGUCGCUUUGGAUAAAAAGCGUCUGCUAAAUGGCAUAUUAUUAUUAUUAUUAUUAUUAUUAAUACCAAAACACUUUGAAACGCUGAUGUGAGUUGGGAUCUUGAAUGCAACCCAGAUCAUCAUUAUUACUGUUGAGAGUUCUGCAACCCUCUGUAUAGUGUCACUGUACCUGUUGUGUUGUUUACAGGGAUGAAAACGUUGCCAAAUAUACUUUGUUUGAAUGACA